GUCUGUGUUUAUAUCAUUUUUUCAAAAACCGAUUUUCUGACAAGCUAUAACUUUGCGCAUACCAUAAAUUAUUAACUGUCAAAGAAAGAUAUAUCGAAAGUGAAUUUUUCGCUUCAUUUAGUGCGCCCUCUGAUAAAACAUUAAUAAAGCUAAAAGAAAGAAACUCAUAGAGAUGUUAUUAUUUAUAUAAUAUUUAUUAAAAAAAAAAAAAUACUGAUAAACAUAACAAUAUACUCUGUUUAAAUUAUUCGUAAAAUCUAAUAGAUUUUGUUAAUUAAUUACAAAAGCUUGAAAAUUUUUAUAUAUUGGCAACACUGAUUCACAUUCUGUUACAAUAAACGAAGAUCCUUCAAAGUUCGACGAACUUAUUUUUUAUACAUUUCUUUUCAAAUUUACAUUUCAUAAUAAAUAAAAUAUGCAGCUCGAAUUGUAUAAUCAAAUAAUAACUUCAAUUCGACAAUUUCACGGAUUGUCGAAGGAUUGUGCAAAAAUGUUAAAGGAAAAAUACGACAAUGACAAGUACAAAUUACUUUACCUUUGUUUAGUGUGCCAAAUAAUACAUUGUACAGUAUAUUAUCGUUAGAGAUACAACAAAAGAUGAAGAUCAAUCACACUAAAAUGUUUGGUCCCAAUAAAAAUUAUUAUGAAAGUUACAUAGAAGCUGUACAGAAUGGAGAACCUAUAGGGAUCUUAUUAAAAAUGGCAAAAGACAUAGAUGCACCACCAGCUUUAUUAGCGCGUAAUGUUUUAGAAAAACAUUGUGGCCAGGAAGAUUCUACUGUUUCACGAAAGGAUAUUAGCAGACUUUUUAAGGAUACAACUCUAAUAGAAGAUAAGGAUCUAUCUUAUGAGGUGUAUUUGUGUAUAUUAUAUGAUGAUCUUUAUGGACCGAUAGCAGAUGCUAUGGGCAAUUCGAUAGGUCAAGAAUAUGAGAUGAAAUUACAGAAUUAUUUGAUAGAACGAAAUCUCGCAUUUCGUAACGAAGAACAUUUACGAUCAAGAGGAUACGACAAAACGCCAGAUUUUAAACUGGAAGUUCCUAUCGCGGUGAAUGGUUUCGUUGUUAAUUGGAUUGAAUCAAAGGCGCGUUUUGGUAAUCCUGAAAUGCAUCAAAAAUAUAUAAAGGAACAAUUUCUGAGUUAUUGGAAUAGAUUUGGUCCUGGUCUUGUUAUUUAUUGGUUUGGUUAUUUAAAUACUUUGAAUCAACCCAGUGAGAAGAAAUUUAUCAUUAUGGAUCAUUUUCCAGAAGAGAUCACGUAUAUGGAUCCAAAUUCGAUUAAACCAACAACAUCGUGAUUGUAAAUGAUAUUAUAGUUUAUUAAUUUUUUUUUUUUUUUUUUUUUAUUUUUUUUUUUUAUUUUUUUUUUUUUUUAAUCACAACUUUCACAAUCGUAUAAACAUUUCAAACGAAAUACAUCCUUGUUUUUCUCUCUAAUAUACAUGUAAAUUCGUCCUUGAAUAAGAAGAACUCGAAAACUAGAGCACGGUGGCUGUAAACGGUAGAAACGCACCUGGGUUUGCCGCGCAAGCGAGAUGAUACGCUUAUUUAUAUAUCCAGCUGUGUUUGUCCAUAAGCGCCGCCGCUGUCGUGAUUUCAAAGCCAGUGUGCAGUUUUCGGGCAUCGGUUAUCAUCGUACGUACGGAAUCAAGAAAAACGUCAGGAAAUAUUUGAGGAAAAACAUUUCUCAUUAUUUUAAUCGCGAAUGUGAAAAGUGAUAUCGAUUUAUGAUAUCAUUGUUCCGCGAGUAUGCCUGCUGAUUGGUCGACAGUUUGAAUUGUAGUGUUCGUUAAACUUUACAUAUGUAACAUCGAAGUAACAUAAAAAAAGUGUUUCGUGAAAGUUCAUUGGUGAAGUGAAAAAUAAACUACGUUUUGCAUAACAAUAAACGUCUGGACGAGUACACGAUAACGGCUCGUUUAUCUGUCUCACCUUUUUCUACAAGUUGAUUUUUUUUUUUUUUUCGAUAAGUCGUUAUCAACGUGCGAACAUCAAUUAUAUUUAUCGCUUCUUAUCGAUUAAAUGAUCAGUAAUAACGAAUUUGAUCAAGAGUAUAAAACUUAAUGACAUUAACCGGCUUCUUUUGUGUGUAUGUGUGCUCUACAUUUGCUAGUUCAAGGUCUUUCGAUACCUUGAAUCGAUUGAAUUGUAUGUGAAAGAGAGAAAGAGAGAGAGAGAGAGAGAGAAAGAGAGAUAGAGAAGAGAGAUAUAUAACCAUCGCAAGAUAACGCGAACGCAGACGCGUCAAGUAUUCAACAUUGAGAGAGAGAAAAAAAAGAAAGAGAGAUAAAAAGUCUCGACUGUAGUCUCGAUGAGGAAACAAAAAAAAGGAAGACCGUGAUGACUUCGUCCUCUUUGUCGAUCACAAAUAGAUAUCCUAUUUUCAGCAUCUCUCUUUUGGUGUGAGCGUUUUAAAUUCAUGAAAAAAAAAAAAAAAAAAAAAAAAAAAUAUCUACACUAAUAUGUACUUAUUAUGAUCCAACAAUCGUCGAUCAUUAAAUAUUUUUCUUUGUACUUUUUCUUUUCUUUUUUUUCUUUUCUUUUCUUUUCUUUUUCUUUUUCUUUUUUUUUUUUUUUUUUUUUUUUUUUUUUUCGUCUAACUUGAUCAUAACGAAAAUUGAUAUUUAAUUUGAAGUUUUAUUCAGUUUCGUUUAUUAUUCGAUCAUCCCUUACAACAACCAACAACGAACAACUAACAACAACACAUCAUCAAAAGGGGAUAUAUAGAAUAUGUCUAUAAAUUCAUCGAAACGUACGGGGAAAGAUAACCUCACGAAACCGGCAAUACAAUCUCAACUUGCCAGAUUAAAAA